AUGACAUCGGUUCGCUUUCAUUUCUCGGUUGUGAAAAACAGUAACAGCACACAAAAAAAGUAUACAACAUCUAUGGUUGUCGAUACUGCCAGUUUAACAUGGAUAUUAGUUGCCACAGCGAUGAUAUGGAUUAUGCUUCCUGGCAUUGGGUUAUUCUAUUCAGGCAUGACAAAACGUAAAAGUGCGCUGUCACUUUUAUGGUUAAGUUUUAUGUCAUUGUCUGUGACUUCAUUUCAGUGGUUUCUAUUUGGUUAUUCACUAACCUUCAGCGUGUCAGGAUCACGAUUCGUUGGUAAUUUUGCAAAUGUUGCCAUGAUUAACGUUCUUGAUGGACCAGCGCUUGGGUCGUUAGAUGUACCAGACAUCGUGUUCUGUGUAUUUGAAUUGAUGUUUGCUGCAACAGCAACAACAAUCGUUACAGGAGCUGUAUGUGAGCGAGGUCGAAUGUGGCCAACCAUUGCCUUCGUCUUUGUUUGGUGUACAUUGGUCUACAACAUCGUAGCGUAUUGGACUUGGGCACCGAAUGGAUGGGCAUGUGUUCUUGGCGUAUUAGAUUUUGCUGGUGGUACUCCUGUUCAUAUUGCUGCUGGAACCUCGUCUCUUGUCUACAGUUUAGUCAUUGGUAAACGUCAGCCCGUCACUGAUGUUGAACAAAACCGACCACAUAAUAUAAAUAAUAUAUUUCUUGGUACUACUCUAUCGUGGUUUGGUUGGUUUGGCUUCAAUGGUGGUAGCGGAUUGAAAAUUAGCAGUCGUGCUGUCUUAGCAUGUGUUGUCACUAAUCUAGCAGCUUGCGUUGGUGGAUUUACUUGGUGUAUGCUGGACUACCUACUAUUGAAACCAAGAUUUAAAUUUACACUUUUUGGAUUUUGCAUGGGCUCGAUGGCUGGUCUGGUAUGCAUCACACCUGCUUCUGGCUUUGUCGGUGCUCCGGCUUCGCUUGCCAUUGGUUUUCUUGGCAGUGUUUGUGUAUAUUUCGGUCGUAAACUGAAAGUUCUUUUCAAAAUUGACGACGCCUUCGAUAUCUUUGCGCAACAUGGUAUCGGAGGCUUUGUCGGAUGUAUACUAACUGGUAUAUUCGCUCAAAAAUAUAUUCCUGCGCUUGAUCAAAUAUCUAUUGCCGGUGGAUGGCUGGAUGGCAAUUGGAUACAACUAGCCUAUCAACUAGCAAUUGCAUCUGCCGGAUUUGCUUGGAGUUUUGUUAUAACCUUGAUUUUGUUGUUAAUUAUGGAUAGAAUACCCGGUUUAAAGCUUCGUACAACUGAAGAUGGAGAAAUGCAAGGAAUUGAUUAUGAUCAGUUCAAUGAGUAUACGCAUGAUUAUAUCAACUUUCAACGAGAAAUUUAUCCAAUUAAAUCAUCAUCUGCGAGCAGUGUUAUUACAAUUCAAACAGUCAAUAAUCAAAAUUCAGCGCAGAGAAGGAACAAUGAAGUCAAACUCGUUACAAUAGGUUCUACAUCGCCUGUAGAAGAUGUUUGGUAA